CAAUAACAAUAGGCUAAAGCCAGAGCCAAUGGGGAAAGUGUUUUGCGUGACGAGACCCCGCCCUAUUUUGGAGAUCUCUUGUCUUCAGUUUCAUAUACUUGGAGGAGGCUGCAGCGAGACGCUGGUUAUUUUCGCAGAAAUCUACAUUCUCAGAAAACAGACUGCAGAAAUGGUUAACGUCCUUAAUGUGCUCCCAGUGUGCAUUUCACUUGGUGUUUUUGUGGAUGAUGUAAGUGGAGUGUCAGUGUUUGUGAUGGAAGGAGAUUCAGUCACUUUAAACACUGAUGUUAAAACAAACCAACAUGAAAAGAUUAAAUGGUUUUUUAAUUACAUUCGUAUCGCUCAAAUUAGCGGAGAUCUCAGAAAGAUCUGUACAGAUGUUCAGUGCAAUAAUGGUACUGAGAGAUUCAGAGACAGACUUUUGAUGGAUCAUCAGACUGGAUCUCUGACCAUUACAAACAUCAACAAAACAGAUUCUGGAGAUUAUAAACUACUAAUCAUCAGCCAUAGCAGCAACAGUGACAAGAUCUUCAGUGUUGACGUUAAUGAUUCUUCUCCUGCUAAACGAGAUGAAAUGCAGAGAAAGUCAGUGAAGGAGGGAGAAUCUGUCACUUUUGAUCCUGGUGACAUAAAAAAUACAGCUGAUGUGAUGACGUGGUAUUUUAAUAACGCUGUCAUUGCUGAAAUCACUGGAAAUCCUAAUGGAACCUGUACUGAUGUUCAGUGUAAAGAAGGUGCUGAACAAUUCAAAGACAGACUGAAGCUGGAUCAACAGAUUGGAUCUCUGACCAUCAUGAACACCAGAACCACAGACGCUGGAGAUUAUAAACUACGGAUCAGCAGCAGAAGCUUUAUCAUCCACCGGCAUCACAGCAUCAGUAUCAUCUGCGAAAAGAACUUCAAUGUUAAUGAUUGGAGUGUGUAUUUAUUUGUCAUCAUAGGAAUAUGUGUUACUGUUCUGCUGGUGCCUGCAGUUUUAUUUGGACAAUGGUGGAGAAGAGAUAAAAGUGGUAUCCCCAAAAAUAAUGCAUCAGCUAUGCUUUAAUUGCAGAAAGCAUGAUGAUAUCUUGCAGUAUAUUUGUGCAUCAUGGCUAGACCCUUGCUGGCUUGGCAGUUAAUCUAUAAGCACAAUUUCACACGACAAUGAUAUUUUCUUUGGAAUAAUAGAGAUAUCUUGUAUAAAAAAAAAAUCUUUAAUCAAUCAUGGUAUGACAAUGGAAUAUUUACUGUUAGUCAGUUGCUUAAUGACCAUGGUUUGCUUUUGACAUACACAGAAUUCCUUAAAAAAUGUAAAAUUCCUGUGAAACCAAAUGACUAUGCUGUUAUUUUUGAUGCAAUUCCAAGUAAAGUUGUUUCAUUAUUACGUAAUUCUGUACAUUCCAUUAAUACUGACCAACAACCAUUGACUUGUAUAUAUUUGAUAUAUUUAUUGGCGAUAUUAAUAUUGUUAAACAUAAAGGCAGUAAUAGAUAUAUUAGAAAUGUGUUAAAGAAUAAUUAUGUGCUAUGCUCAACAGUCGUUUGGUAUAUCUAAAUAUGAAAACAUUGAGUGGAAGAAAGUAUGGUCAAUGACAAAUAAGUUUUUCAUAAGUAAUUAUAUAUAUAUAUAUAUUUUUUUUAAGAUAUUACACAGAAUUUAACCUUUUAAAGAAUUAUUUGAAUGGUUCAAACUGGAUCUGGAAAACUCUUGUGAGUUUUGUGGUGUCGUUAAAGAAUCUGUGACUCAUCUUUUCUUUCAGUGUGUAUACUCAAAAUUAUUUUGGGUAGAUGUCUCUAACUUCAUUUCUAGGAUGUUUGGUACAUUAAUACAAAUAGAAAUGUAUGAUGUUGUAUUCUUUUAUUGUACAAAAUACCAUUGAUUCUAAAAGUACAAUUUCCUUUUUUACACAACUAAUUUUUUUACUUGGAAAAUAUCACAUUCAUGUAAAGAAAAUGGCUAAAGCUAAGCCAAAUUGUGAACAUUUUAUUAAAGAAAUUAAACAAUAUAGUACUACUUUGCAAAAUAUUAGAAACAGAAAAGCUAAAAAGACCUAUGAAGCACUGUGUCACUUUAACUUGGUUAAUUAAAUGUUUUCAUUUUUCUUUUAUCCCUGGCAUAAAUCUUUUUUACCCAUGUACAUGCACUUGUUCUUUUGUGUUUUUUUCUUUUUCUCUGUAUACCCCUUUUCUUUUUCUACUAUUACUUUUGUGAGAUGUAUAAAUUUGUAUUAAUAUCUACAUAAUUGCAUAAAAAAAAUUAAUAAUAAUCAUGGCUAGACCCUGAAUGUGCUGAUUGUUCCACUGUGGGGGCCCCUGAUCUGAGGGUUGUCCUCCCUAGAAAUAUCAUUACAAGCACCCUGUGUGUUGUAAAUAAUAUAUGUAAAAUGAUUGUAUAAGUAGUAAAACAAUAUAAAUGCAAAAAAAAGUGUUUUAAGUUCAGAAAUGUUUUGAGUCCCCCCUCCCUUGCCUGGUUUGGUCCACUGCUUUCUUCUUACCUGUACAUAAAUGAUUCCGGUAAAUAAACUAUAUA